UAGUAUAAUUGCAUUCUAUCAAGAAGCCAACGCCCCAGUACUUGUUAUUAAGGGAAACCUGCUGUUGUCGGUCCAUCUCCUCUUCUUCUCUCAUCCAUAAGUAAUCAUGGAAACAUCUCUUCUCCUAGUCACCGUCAUCCUCUCCGCACUGGUCGCUACAAGUUAUUCUAUAACUUGCAUAAAAUGCAUGGGGAUGAGUGACACGCCAUGUUCAGGACCUGAAGUAACCUGCGCCUCAAAGGAUGACGUUUGCAUUUUGACUUACACGGUCAGCUCAUUUGGUGGAAUGGGUGACAGCCACACGUAUAUGAGAGAUUGCGGGAAUCGCAAAUCAUGUUCUGCUUGUAUGAGUUUCAGUAACCUGGCCGGCAAAAGCAAGAGCGCCAGUUCCUGCUGCCACACAGACAGGUGUACCCCUGCCCAACCUGUCAUCCCAGCGGAUAACUACAAUAAGAACGGUGUCAGAUGCAAAACCUGCAUGGACCUGACAGAUAAACCCUGCCAAACUGAUACAUACGUGGAUUGUCUUGGAGAAGAGAAAAAGUGCAUCUCCCAGGUUUCAACUAUAAAAGCAGGACCAGGCAGUGCGAUGUCUAUGGCGAUACGAGCCUGCGCCACUGAGGAGCUGUGUGAUCUUGCCCCAGCAGAGCAGACAUAUGGACAAUUUUCAGUCAAAAUGCAGUCAACCUGCACAGGCGGAGGUUCCGGCCUACACUAUAAUUUCUUCUUGCUGCUUAUGUCAGCCAGUCUGCUCUUAAAAUUCAUAUGAUCAAGUAAAUUAUCCAGUCCGUCGCUACAUUUAUGUGCAAGAAUGUACCAGUAUUAAAGGGAAAAUAUAACACUGAAUACAACAAUAGAACUAAUUAUGAUUGGAGAUGAUAAUAUUUAAAUGUCUUACGCUAUGAUAUUACUGCAGGUGGUUUUCCACCAGACGCUAAAAAAAAAAAAAAACAUACUUGCCAAGUCUCCCGGGAUGCCCGAAAUUUGGAGGGUCUCCCGAGAGGUUGAGAUGGGCUUCUGCAUGCCGAGUGAAGUGGGUGGUCUGCGGGUUUGAUGAUGCAGUGAAUCUCAUCAUCAUGGUGACGCCAUCUGCUGUACCACGCCAUUAUCACGGCUUUGUUUCGGCCUGUUGCAGAGAUCGCAACGCGCCCCUGCUACACCACCCUUGUCUUCCAGCUUGUAAUGCUUCCUUUUUCCGCACAAGCAUUUAGAGCAGGCAUGUCCAAACUGCGGCCCUCCAGCUGUUGUGAAACUACAUAUCCCAGCAUGCCCUGACACAGUUUUGCUGUCAGAGAAUGCAAAAGCUGUGUCAGGGCAUGCUGGGAUGUGUAGUUUCUCAACAGCUGGAGGGCCGCAGUUUGGACAUGCCUGAUUUAGAGGGUCUGCUCGGCCCACAUUUAUUAACCAAUGUUUGUAUAGCACCUACAUAUUACACAGUACGGUACGGCGAAUAUUUCAUCAUUUACAUCAGUCACUGCUGUUAAUAUCGGCUGCAGCCAAUUAAUCUAUCGGUAUCAGUUUAGAGUGUGGGAGAAAACUGGGGAUCCCAGAGGAAAUCCAGACAAACACAGGGAGAACGUCAAACUCCACUCGGAUACAGCCAUCGGUGGAAUCAAACACAAAACCCUAGCGAUGAAGCAUCAAUGCUGACCACUGUGCAUCUGUGCUGCCCACACAAAUACACUCCAUUUUCUAUGUAAUGUUGAAAAGUGGGUUUACGAAAAAGUGGGGAAAUCUGUAGAAUCACAUGCACGUUGCAAUCACUUCUUCCAUGUGUCUGCUGUCGCACUGACUGAUUCAGCUCCAUGUAAAUACUGUGAGCGAGGGGUCGGGACUGUCUGUAUUACAUACUGUAUGUCACUUUUUGUGAAGCUCUUUUUACGUUGGACCACUUUGAAGUUCACAUAGAAAGACAGUGAUUGUAUGUAUGUAAUAUAACAAAUAAUCAUAGUACCACAAAUAACCCAAUUCAAAAGAGUUAAUAUAAUUAACCCCUUUAUAAUCAUUAUCUUCAUAAUCCCUCAUUUUAAUCAGACUCAACGUCAUCAAAUAAUUACAUUUCUUAGUCUCAUUUAAUUACCCCCGUUAAAGGUCAUCAUUGGAGACCAGGGACGUACAGCCUUUUGUUGCAGUGCACCAACCCUGGGAAGAGAUAAGAUAUAUGGUGACAAUCGACCUGCUCCCCUGAUCCCAGGCUAUAAUAAAAUAAAAUCCUAAAUUACACCCAGGAUUGUGACUCCCUCCCUGAGCACCUCCUCUGGCACCCGGGGCGAGUGCCCUGCCUCCCUAUUUUCGCCAUCAGGCACUUAUGGGAUUGACAGAUAUUUUCCUUACAUAAUAAAUGAUGUUAUUACAUAAAUUACAAUGUUGAUAAAAAUAAUAAUAAUCAUCAUCAUUAUCAUCAUCAACUGUAUGUUAGCACAUAUACGAUCAGUGUGAAUUCGAUGUGUGGCGUGAUGUACCGCACAAGCUUAGUACAAACCACCUUUUAUACCGAAUAUGUAAAAUUAUUUUUACCUAUAGAUUUAAUAUUUUGGUUGACAUUCAUAAAUUAAACGAUGCUAAGAUAUAUAUAUAUAUAUAUAUACUCUCAAUUGCGGCGGCACUCGGAUAUGAAGAGUAGUCAAUGCAGAGUACACAACGUUUCGGAGACUUUUAUUGCCAAACGAAACGUUGUAUACUCUGCAUUGACUACUCUUCAUAUCCGAGUGCUGCCGCAAAUUAGAGUAUGUUGUGAGUCUGCCUGGGCACCUAGGAGGACACCGGAGCUAUUGAGUGAAGCAUUGGGAGUGCUGCCCCAAUUGCAGAUAUACAUAUAUAUAUAUAUAUAUAUAUAUAUAUAUAUAAUCUAUAGUAAUAGAAAUUAGUAAUGAAAUUAUAUGUAAACAUAUAUAUCUCUCUUUAAUAAAUCCAAUGAUUUGAAACUAAAAAAGAUAAAAUAAUUACCACUUGAUACAUUUAUCAUUGUGUGUCUUAUUCGUUUGUUGUCAUUAUCCUGUUGUGGCAUUACUGAAAUCUUGGUGCGAGGGAAAUUCUUUUUUUUGUCAAGAUGAUCUGAUUUAUGUAAUCUACUAUGUUGUUUGUUUGUUUGUUUAUGUAUUUAAUAAAUAUAUUCUUAUUCCAA